AUGUGUGACGGCUUGAACCCGCUAAGCCAUCCCGCAAGCGGGAUGGCCCGCCACUCGAACCCGCAAGCGGGCGUACGAACCGCGAGCGGCUCGCACUCGCCGCACUUGGGCCGCCCGGCGUGUGAGGCUGGCGAGCAUCGCGGCGAGCGGCUGCUUCUCACGCUGGACACCCUCGCCCUGCACGGCUCGACCGCGCUUCUGGCGUCCUUCUUUGGCAACCCUCGCGUCGCAACGCUGUGUGAGGGACGCACCUGGGAGUGCGAGUCACAGCCGACCAAGGAGGCGGCACGGGCGCAGCGCUCGCCGCACUUGGAUGCCGCGCAGAUUUGGGCCGAUGCCCUCCGUCGCUUCGCCCCUUUCUGGCGCGAGCAUGGCCGCGCCUCUGCCCCUCCUGUGCUGGUGGCUAAGUGGGAGCCACUGCACUCUAUGAUGGCGAGCGCCAAGGCGAGCGCCACCGUGCUCCCGCCCGAUCGUGUCCCUGUUCCGCCGCUCCUUGCGGGCGCCGGCGUGCAGCACGUCAGAUGGGCGGCCGUGGCCAUGCACCAGCCGUGGUGUAUGACGGUUGGCCUCUCGAGCUACGCGGGACGGGCGCGGCAGCGCAGUCUCAAGGCGUGGGCAGCGAUGGAGCUGCUCAACCGGCGGCGCAUCGUAGAUCGAGUCCGCUUCCUCGAGGCCCGCGGCGUCCCCCUCCUCGUGACUAGCCACGCGGAGCUGCUGUGGCGUCCCGACCGAUUCGUGGCCAAGAUCCUUGCCUUUGCGCCCUGCGCGGGGCGGCUCAACCUCUCGCACAUCCCUCGCCUCGGAGCAGACCACUUCCAGGCGAAUGCUCUCAAGGUGGCCAACGAGAGCGUGAGAGGUUUCGGCGAGAGGAGGGACCCGCGCGCCUGCUGUAACAUGACCGCCACCCAGCAUCCUUCCGCGCGCGCUCGCUGCGCCGCGCCGGCCGAGAUUCUCUACGCGGGCCUCGACGAGGCAGGCCGCGCCCUGGCGCAGGAGCUAGACGGCUUCAUGGAGUCGAGGGUGCGACUGCGAUGGGAGCUUGCGGGUGGCGCUCGACAAACUGAGGGUGUUACAGCGCGCUGA